UUCAUGCCCGCGCCGAAGGGACAGCGACUGGAAAGAGAACGGUUGGAGGGUCUAACGUCAUUGGCAUCCCUCCCCUUCCCCACACGCAAGAAGCCCCCCAGGCUGUGGGGGUCAAAAGGACCCUAGGAGGAAGGCCCGUCUCCCCUGGAGGUAGUUUUGCCAGCAACUCUUCUUGGGGGAGCGGAAAAAAGAAAAGAAAAGCAAGCUUCUUAGAAAGACCAGAAAGGUGAUCCUUCCCCCACCCCCACCCCCCCGCCUCGUUCUUCAAGAAAAGAACACCUUAUGGCAGGAAUCCAGGAUCAAGACAUCUGACCUGAGUCUCCCACCCUGGGUCUUGCGCCCCCCCCCCCCAUCUGUUAGCCUGCUCUCACAUAAGUGAGAGGUGGAAUGAGAGAGGGUGGGGUGAAGAAGAGAGAGAGAGAGAGACGGCGGAAGAAGAGCCAGCGGGAUUAACAUUAAUCCUCCAGCUUUGCUCACUUCCAGCCAGACAAGAGCAGCCACCGGUCUAAGAACAGACUCCUUGGACACUGCUUCACCCCCUGCCCAAGGAGGGGAACCAAGAAUCCCAUCGACACUCAUCCCCUCUCUGCAUUCCUGAAGGCUCAGACCUGCACAAAACCAAUUGCCUGGGUGUCUUCAUGAAAGCUGCAACGGGGCACUACCGAAGGGGAGCAGGGGGACGGGUGGAGGUUAGAUACCCCCUCCCUGCAGGAAACCCAGAAGUUCCUUGGCAGCUUGGUCUUGAUUCGUUAAGUAGCCCAGCAAGAAAGAGGGCACAAGGGAGAAAGCAAAGCAAACGCGAUGGGGGAUCCUGGAGUGUGACCAAUCAGUGAGACAAACAGAGUCACAGAUAUACACCUCCAGAGUGGAGCCCACCUCUUCCAAAGGAGCCAUCCCUGAAUUUCCAAGACAGGGUUCCACUCAGCAGGCUAGGAGAUGAGUCUUGGAAAGCUACCAGUGAUUGGUUGGGUGUCCAGCUCCCACAGCAAGCGCCGCCUCAAAACAGAGCUGACGCCGGACAUGAUCAGCCCGCCUCUGGGGGACUUUCGCCACACCAUGCACGUGGGGCGUGGCGGCGAUGCCUUUGGGGACACCUCCUUCCUCAGGAACUAUGGUGGAGAGGAAGCCAAGCCGGACAACUUCUUUCUUCGGACACUGCGACAUGUGAGGAGGAGCCCGCUAAGGAACCGAGGCAACCGGAGCAAGGAGGAGGCCUCACCGCUGCCUCCGGCCAUCUCGCCCAUCAUCAAGAACGCAGUGUCUCUGCCCCAGCUCAACGAGGCCGGCUACGGGAGAGAUGGUUUAGGCGUCACAUUUGCCUUCAAGAGCACCCCCAACAGCUUCUCUGACUACGGAUUGGAGUCUGGAUUCUGCACCAUCCCCCGCAUUCCUCGCUCGGAGAAGACUCAGGAAAGCUCCCAGCUUGCCGAAUCGGCCCUGAAGCGCUCGGACUCUUUGCUGUCCUUCCGCCUUGACCUUGGCCCCUCCCUGAUGAGCGAACUCCUCCACGUCAUCAGCUUCUCUGGAGAUGGCAGCCACAGCAACAGGGAAGAGGAGGAGCGAGAGGAAAGCCCAACCCCCACCAACAGUGACCCUCAGUCGCCUCUUCACCCAAAGACCACCUGGGCGGAGGACUCUUUACCUCACAGACCAGGGUCUCUUCAGGUAAACCGGGAAGGAAGCAAAGCUGCGGCAAGCUUUUGGGGUCACUCUGAGGCGAGUUUGCCGUUGGGACCCUCGGUGUGUACCAAUGGAGAUUCUCGGUCCAUAGACUUGUCUCAGGAAGGGUCGCCAUGUUCGAAGGAAAAGAACUCCAGGGCUGAGAUGGGGGCGGUGCCAAAGGAGACCCAGUGGCAAGGGCGCCAGAAUGACUGCAACAUGGAAGCGCGGGAAUUCAACCGAGCAGCCCAGGUUUUAGCUUGCCAUUAUGGCGCGAGAGGUCUGGACCGCCGCCUGCCACAGCAAGAAGAGUCAAGGAGUCAAGCCUGCUGGGAAAGCCUUGAUGCCAGCACGUGGCGCUUGAAAGUAGGGGUGGCAGAGCUGCAGCAGGAACACGAGGCUGGGUGGCACCAAAGAGUGGAGGAAGAAGAGGAGGAGGAGGAAGAAGAGCAGGAGGAGGAAGAAGAGGAGGAGGAGGAGUUCUACAGAAAUGGGGCAACCAUUGCUAGAGAAGGGCACAGUGAUUCCUUUGAAUAUGUUGAUGAGGAAGAGGAAGACGAAGUUAAGGUUUGAAUAGCCCGUCACAUUCCUAGAAGACGCCAGCAUUUAAGGGAACAGCGCAGCUUGCCCGCUGACAGUCUGAUGGGUGUGUGGACUCGCCGAGUCAGCCUUCUUUGGAGAUGGUAGGCAGGGGAAGGAGGGAGCUCAUUUCUCUGCCUUGCUCUCCCCCCCUUCUCAAUUUGGGAGUAUAAAGAAAGGGACGGAAGAAAAGCAGAACCACACCGAGCAGGCGUCCAGCUCUUGUUGCUCUGCAUUGCAGCAACUAUUUAAAGGCAUCAAGACGUUCACAUCUUCCUUCCCCCGCAUUUUGCCAUGACCCCUCCAGAAAGAAAUGAUCCCUGAGAAAAGCCAGCGAGAACCUCCACAGUUCUGCCAAACAAAUAUAGGAAAGAAAGUAUUACAACAAGAGCAAAAGGAGCAAACCUGAGGUCUAGGAAGAACUCACAACGUGAGGUUUGCUUCAGCCUCAAUGAAACAUUGUCCACCAGCUAUCAGGAGAUACUUCUGCCUUCUGCUUGAGGUAAAGACCAACGGGGCUGUUCUAUCAGUCAGAUAUACUGACACCAAAGCAUCCAAGAUGUCCCCUUGCCCCUGCUUACAAGGAACACAAGACUUCGAUUGGAUCUGAAACCAACUCUUUGGUGCUCCAUCCAUUUCUUCAUUUAUUGAAUCCUGGGUUAGACCAGGUCCAUCUAUCCUUCAUUUUGCAUUCUAGUGAGGAAAUGUAAUCCCGGUCUUCUACAAGGCAUCACCCUGAGUGCAUUCCAGGGGAGCCUACCUAUGGUGUUGGUUUUCAUCCUGUUUCCAGAGGGUUCACAUGAAUUCAUGGUCCUCCCUCUUGUUUUGCAAAGGUGUAGGGAAUAGGAAUUCAGAUCAUUGAAAUGGGAGGCAGAGGGAGAACUCUUUCCACCGCGCUGUCUGGACUUCCUAGUGCAGGCGUAGGUACCUGAUUUUCUCAUUUGGUUCCCAGCACUCAUAGCCCGCCCAGUGCCACCCUGGUAGCUCACCCACAGGUUGCAUGUACUGGGAGAAAAUGAGUGGAAAAUACUUCUUAAGGCAAAGCCUGAUAUAGCCCGUGGACCUGUCUUUCAUGCAUACCUUGUCCUAAAGUAUAUGUGGGCAAACUGUGGCCCUCAGGAGCAAUACAGGUGUCCAAACUGCUCAGCUGAAUGGCAGGUGGUGUGGAGCACAAUGAAAAUGAAGGGGGGGGAAGGUGCAUGGAAAUGACUCCCCACAUGUGCCACCCUCCCCCAGUCAUAAUCACACUACACCCAGCCCUCCACUCAGCUGAAUGAUGUAAAUGGAGGAGGGCAAGAUGUGGAGAAAGACAUCCCCACUGGCCGUCCUCCCUAUUGAAAUUGCACCUCUCCCUCCUCCGCCCCCACUGCUCAACUGAUUGGUGUUGGGAAAAGCUGUUUUCCAGUGCCGAUCAGCUGGGCAGCGGGGAGGCGCAAUGAGAUGUCAGCAUGCAGGGAACGAAGGUUUAGAUCUCCCUAUCCCUGCAUGCUGAGGGCCAAAACAGAAAUUGCUUUAAAUCCAUAUUGAGCAGCUGCGUCCUUCUUUCAUUCUUACUCUAAGAGUAGGCAUAGGGGCCCCCAAUCCAUAUCGCAAAAGCUCCCUAACCCUCCUCACACCAACUAGGGUCCCAGUCCAGAUCUCACAUACCCCAUGCCUACUCUGUUGUAUAGUCUUUGAGGGACACUGCAUUCCCUCAGGUUUCAUGGGGGGGGGGGCUUCAUUUGAAAAUGCCUCCAUGCAAAAUUUCGUACAAGAGCAACAAUUUACCACCCCAGAAAGAGAAGACUAAGGCCUAAUCUACACCUGCCAUUUAUCUCAAGAUAGUAUCAAGGUCGUCCCUGACAUUCAGAAUUGGGCAAAAGGAGGGAUACAACUAAAUAUAAUAAUAAUAAUUCACCUACUCCCACAGUGAUCCAGGGAUGACCACUCCAUUUUCCCGAGAUAUCAGUGCCUGCUUUUCCCCAUUUUUCCCCUCUCUCGGGACAAUCCUGAGGUCCACGAGCAGUGUGCCCCCUCCUCCCGAGGUCGUAGCUGUUCUUUGCGAGUAGUGGGGCAAGCCCAUGGGUAUUGGGGGGGUGAGGGGAAGACCAUUUUUGCCACAUUUCGGAGGGGUCUCGGCGUCUUCCAGUGCCGAGUGUUUGUUUUUAAAUCACAGCUUCAUGCAGGAGCGUACCUCUGCUCUUGUGCAAGCAUCUGGAGUAGUAAAAAGAAAAAGAAAACUUCACCCGGGACGGCACUCCUUUAAUUCUGGGAGAAAGCUGCUGAUGUCUGGCCCUGAGGGACGAUCUCGGAAGCUGCAAACCCCACGAUCAUCCCUCCCCACUCCCCAAAGGGCUGUCCAUUAGGCCUCUGUCAAGCCUUUUCUUAGAGGUGGUAAAUUACUUUCAUAGCAAUUUUUGGUAGCGAUGCUUUCAAAGACACACCUCAUCUGAAACAUGAAGUGGAUCAAUCUGAAUCACCUCAUUAUGCACAUUUUGAAGGGUCCCUCAGACAGAAAGGAUGGGGGGCAGGAAGAGUGUUUUGUUUUUUAAAACAAAAAAAAAAUCACAGUGACAACAUGAGAAUCACGCUCCUAGUCCAGCUACCCCCCCUUCCGCCACACACACACAUAUUUUGGGAGAUACUCAUACACAGCCCUCUUCCAACCCCUACCCGCCUGUCUGCAUUUUUCCAUGGUCAAAUCACUCUGCUCUCAAGGAACUAUUUAGAUGAGAAACAAAAGGGAUGAGGUGGUUGCCAGACAGCAAAUUCUUGAUAUGCAGAGGACGUACCAGCCAUGAGAAAGAAAUCAUGCCACAGCAUCUAAUAUGGAUGCCAAUUGGGAUCAAGAUGGAUUUGAGUCAUCCAUAGAAAUUAAGCUUAAAAGGCCUAGAAAUAUGUAUUUUGUCCCUUCUUCGUGACCUGGGUUCUACAAAAUGGUUCCCAAUGGUUUGUUCACUUGGGUUAUGUGUAUAGCUUUGAAGAACAAAGCAAAACUCCAUUCAGAACGGGGUCUUGCAGCCCUUCUAAACCAACUGUUUCUAUUCAGUGGGGCAGGGAUAAGACAAAGGAGUCUCCUAAAUCCCAUAAUAUAUACCAGGAGUGGGCAGACUUCAGGCUUGUGGGAUCUAUUUUCUUUUCUACUAGAAUGCGUGAGGGCGCAGACUUAUGCAUGAGUAGACGGGAAAAUGUCCUACAAAAAUGUCCCUUAGUCUACCAAUCAGAGCUAGGCACAAACAGCAUCAUCAGACAAGGGUUUUAUAGCACACUCGCUACUGGCCAUGCACAGAUUUUCAUGGGUCCUUUUAAGAUGCCAUCCGCCUCCCACACGUCUCCCUCUCUUUUUGCUCAUUUUUCUGUCACAAAAAAAGACUCGGAAAAUCUGAUUUUGGGGUGUGUAAUGAAACUGUGUACAGGAGAAGCAGUGCGAUAAAAAUGCCCACUGGGCCACAUGGUCGUUGCUUGCUUCCUCUUUCUUCCCCAUGUGAAGAAAGAAGGGGCUGUUUGUGCCCACUGUGGGACAGAAGCAGGAGGCAAAGUGACGGUAGGGAAAGGUGAUUUCCCCCACCCCCACCGUCUGCUGAUGCUCAAAAUGGUGGUUUAUGUUCCUUAUGUUAUUCCAUAGCCUCCCUCACCAAGGAUUUACACAUAUAGUGUGAACAUCUGUGGAAGGAAGGCCUACUCACCUACAGCUGUACAUGAAUACGCCUCCCUUCUGCAGGCAUUUAUGCUACAUGUGCAAAAACUUGGGGGUGGGGGGAAGGCCCUAUAGAAUGUGUGCAGUGUUGAAGGUGGGGCUUUAUACAGCCUGGCCCUGCUCAAGCGUAGAGGGUAAGUCUUCCUUAAAUGCUCAAAUAGAGCUUGAGAUGUAUACAAAUCUAUAUGUGAGUUAACAGCGAUCAGGGAUUCGAAUACAACACUCUAAAAUUCAGCAGAGCUGAACAAAAGCAGCCAAAGAGCAAUCUGGUCAAUUAGUAGUUCUAUUUUACAGAGGAGGAACACUGAGGGUGAGAGAUUAGCACAAGGCUGGCCAUUGCAGAGGGUUCAUUCCCUCUCUCUUGCUCUAGUUAAAGUAUUGGGGCUCAGAAACCCUUAGAGCUCUGCAGCAAAUCACCCAGGGACCUACCAAUCCAGUCUAUCUUCUGCCUGUCCCUGAUAUGUACACCUCCAGAAGCUCCUUUCUCUGCAAUUCUGUCCAGCAAGGUGCAAUACAUGACAACUGCUUGUCUGUUUACUGCCAGCUAUGUUCAAGAACAUGAAUGGGUAAAGAGCACACCAUUUUCCUAAAGGCUUAGGAAGCCUGGGUGCGGGGGAGCGGAUCCUUGCAUAACCUCCCCUCUCCUUCCUGAUGUCUCUGCUCAGCGUGGAGUAUUGGGUCGCAGUGCUCAAGUGUCCCCGCAUUGGCCACACAGUUUCUCUGGAAUAAGCCGGUUCUCCCUGAUACUCAAACAGAGAGGGUUUUUGUGGCCAGGCAGAGAUGGCUGGGAGAUGAGGUCACAGAGUUGUCCCUCACAGCACUCCGAUUGUUUGCAAGCUGGCAGUGGCUGGAAGAAGCCCAUUCCGGCAAUCGCUAGCAGUGAGACCUACGUGGCAGGAUUGGGAAGGGGGAAGUAGCAGGAGGACUACAAUAAACAAGCACUGUGGGGGAAGGCCUAGCCGACGGCUGUUCCUGCACUGUCAGUUAUAACUUGCUGACCUCAACCCACAGCCUGAGCAAUAUAAAGAGCUACAAACCCACUGCCUUUAAGUGACACAUCUGGGGAGAUUCAGCACUCCUUCGGGCCCCACGGCUGGUCAUCCUGAUUGCUAGGGCUGGAUCCUAGGAAAUGUGGGGUUAAGGGCCAAACUAGAUGAGUCAUUUAAAUGUGUCAAGAGGAGGCUCGCUGCCUCGUACCGAGUCAGACCAGCAGUCCAUUUAGCUCAGGGCUGGCUACUGAGGGUGUCCAGGUAUUCAGGCAGGAUACUUUCCCAGUCUUAUGUGGAGAGAUGCUGGGGGUUGAAGUUGGGUUGUUUUGCGUGCAAAGCAGGUAUUCUACCCCUCUUGGCACCAGUGGGAACUUUCCUCCCAAUAAAAAAAACAGAGGUUUGGUGGAGCAUUUUUUAUCAGGCCAUCAGCAGGGGAAGGCAGGGUUAAAUUCCCACUCCCCACCAGCUGCAAUCCCAGUUUAAAAACUACAACAACAACACAUGGCUAGUUGCACUUCUUUAAAGGUCCAGGUUAAACUCAAAAGCACAUUUAACACCAUGUCUGGGGGCUUGUCUUGAAGAGGGGAAAGCCCCAGGAUGCAUCUGCAGUGGCGCUAGGACAUUUAUAUGACACAGCCACCACCAUCGAGCUGUCUCAGGAGGAGGGGAAAAAACAGCAGGGAGAAGAACGGGGUGCAUGGGGCGGCAGCGGCCCCUCCUUCUCCCGGUGAGGUUUGAAAACCCACAUUUGUGCUCCUUGCCAUGGGGAUAACGCAAAGGAGCACAAAUGUGUGGGUUCGAGGGCUUGCGGCACCAAUGCACUGCCAUCAAGACAUGGCCUGGUUUGGCCUUAAAGGCAACAGGGAUUGAUAGCUCUGUGAAAAAACAGAUACUGUAGGAUUCAGAGUUUUCCCAUCAUUUUUCUAUAGGUUUAAAAAGUGAGGGGACCCUCUUGACAAACUUGCCUCCCAGAUCCUUCUGGAUUAUCUGAUAUGCUUCAGACCAAAGAUCCCACUCCUCUCUCUCCUAUGUAUGCCUUGCACUUAUUAAUGUUCUCGUUAUUACAUGUUUUUAUACAUAUAUAUCUGUAUCUAUACUGA